CUCAGCUCAGCACAACUCUUGGGACAUUUACAUUUGAAACUAUGGAUCUUUUGCACAGCUGGGGAGUGGAGCUGGCCGUGCAUCUACAAACAAGAUACCACAGUUAUGAAGGAUUGUUCAGUUUUGCGUCGUCAGUUGCAGAUUUGCACAUGACUUUUUUCUUAUUUUUUCCUAUUUGGUUUCACCUGCGACGGGACAUUGCCAUCCGUCUCAUCUGGGUAGCUGUGAUUGGUGACUGGCUCAAUCUAGUUCUGAAAUGGGUCCUGUUUGGAGAGCGGCCAUAUUGGUGGGUUCACGAGACGCGGUUCUAUGGAAAAGGUCCAGCUCCGUCUCUGCAGCAGUUUCCAAUCACAUGUGAGACUGGGCCAGGAAGCCCCUCGGGUCAUGCCAUGGGCGCGGCUGCGGUCUGGUACGUGAUGAUUACAGCUCUCCUCUCACUGGCGACAGAGAAGCAAUGUCCACCACUGUUAUACAAGUUCUUGCAGAUGGGGCUGACUGCUCUGAUGGGCGUGAUACUGUUGGUCGUUUGCAUGUCUCGUGUUUACAUGGCGGCUCAUUUCCCUCAUCAAGUCAUCGCUGGAGUGCUCACAGGCAUUUAUGUGGCUAUGGUCGUCUCUCGGUUCAAGUGGAUCUACAGUGCCAGUUUAAACCGAUACCUCUUCACCACACUCUUCCUCACCUCCUUCGCUGUGGGCUUCUAUCUCUUGCUCAAAGCUCUGGGCGUGGACCUCCUCUGGACCAUGGAGAAAGCCCAAAAAUGGUGUGUCCAUUCAGAGUGGGUUCACCUGGACACUGCCCCCUUCGCCAGCCUGUUCCGAAACAUGGGCACCAUCUGUGGGGUGGGUUUGGGUCUCCAUUCGCCCCUAAACAAAGACACUAAAAAGAGGAGUUACACCUUCAGGAUGGGGUGUGUGGCAGUCUCAUUAGUCAUACUGUAUGUUUUGGAUGGAUGGACUUUUUCGCCUGAUAACCACAUGAGUUUUUAUUCCCUGUCGUUUGGUAAGAGCACAGUGGUCAUUUUAAUUCCCACCACUUUAGUUCCUUGGGUGCUGUACAAGAUGUUUACAGAAGAAAGGCCAGGCAAAAAACUUUAAUUUGAAAUGUUUAUCUAGGUUUUCUAAUAACAAAUGCAUGUCAGUUAAUCCUGAAUGAAUAUUUGGAUUAUGUUUUUACAAGUUAAAUGUGAAUAGUAAGAGAAAAGUGAAGACAUUUCGCUGUUCAUCCAAGCUGCUCUUCAGUUAAAAUUUGAAAUGCCAAUAUUACUGAUGGGUAACGGUCAAUGAACUUCGUUUUUUGGGGGAUUUUUUUGUUUUGUUUUUUUAACCUCAGAUGCCAAAAGCAAUAUUUUUUUAGCAUCAGAAUUAAUAUUUCACAACAUUUUCACAAUAUGAAUGUGUUCAAUAUGUGCUUUUAUAAUACAUUUAAUAAAUUAAAUGUUUUAGGUUUGUUUUUUUGCAUUUGAAAGUUUGAAUAUCCAUUUUAUAACAUCAUUUGAUAUGCUCUGCUGCUUUAAACACAUUCUUGUACUGCAGAUUCUAAAUAAAACGUGUUUCAACUUG